AUGGUCUUAUCUAUCCCGGACUACAACAUGGAGAGACGUUCAAAAUCCCUGGUAUUAAAGCCUUCCUCAGAUGCAUCCUCCAAUACCCCCGCCAGUGCCCCUGGCAGAAUAACCCGAUCCCGAUCGAAGACGGCAGCCUUUGGUUUAGAUGGAGCUGUAUCGUCUGGAAUCAGUAGCGAAUCUGUCUCUACUGUUCCUACGCCAACAAAUGCCGGCUCAGAAAACGGCGAUCAGACAACGCCGCCCACUAGCGAUACGAGCACCCCGAUUCUAUCCGCAGGCGUCAAUGAUCUAUCUCCGCUUCCUGGCUUCCAGCCUGCGAGCUCUCUUCCCCGGCUGGAAAUCUCACUGCCCGGCUGUGCAUCUCCCGUGCUUGCCCCCGACAGCAUGAAGGCUCUUAGUAAAAGCAAAUACUCUCUGAGCUCAAAGCGCAAGCGCGACGUCUUCAAUAGUGACGAAGAUGACGAAGAGGUGGAGUUUCUGCACGUGGACCGAGAUGCCGUUUUGGCCCGCAGGCUCCAAAAGGAGGAGGACAUGCGGCACAACGUUCUGGUCCCCACAGCAGGAUCAUCUUACUCGAGGCGUGCGGGUCCUGGUGGGCGGAGCCAGACUUCGACGCUUGCUAGUGCACCGACCAUGAAGCUCGAGCGUGAUGGCAGUAUCCCCUUCCGGCAAGGCCAGACGGCUCUGUCUCAGGACGCAGAUAUGAUGGAAAAUUGUGGGUUUAUCGACGGCCUGUCUGCGAAUUCCACUGCUAGAACAAAGCGGCAGAAGCAGCUCAAGUCCACCCGAAGCAACUUUGACAGUCCUAAUGUUGCUGGACCGAGCAACUUGGACAGCGAACGAUACGUGGGCGUGCUUUGUCUAUCAGAUGCUUCUUCGGAUUGCCAAGCAGAUCCAUCAUCACCUACGGCCUCGGAUAUAUAUUCUCGGUCAGAAGCUUCUUCUGAUAUACAGCCAGACCCACCGUCUAGGGCCUUGGACAUGAAUCAGCUUGGAACCCGCCGUCAAUAUCGGGACUAUCGCAAUACAAAGCGUGUCAAGGACGACAGGGGCCGACUAGAGGACCAGCAUCCCAUCCUCAAGUCCAUGUGGAAAGACUUGGAGGAUAUGCCUAUUCUCAAAGCCGGCCGGGCUGAUCAGCCAGCGACGAUAUCACGCAAUCUCAAACCCUUCCAACUUGAAGGCCUGGCAUGGAUGAUAGCUAUGGAAAAAGCCAAAUGGAAGGGCGGUCUUUUGGGUGAUGAAAUGGGUUUGGGCAAAACCAUCCAGGCAGUGUCCCUCAUCAUGUCGGACUAUCCAGCCAAAAAGCCGACGCUGGUCCUGGUACCACCCGUGGCGUUGAUGCAAUGGACGACUGAAAUUGCAUCGUACACUGACGGACGCCUCAAAACGUUCAUCUACCAUGGCACCAACGCCAAGACGAAAGGCAUGACAGUGAAGGAUAUCAAGCAGUACGACGUCAUAAUCAUGUCAUACAACAGCUUGGAAUCUGUGUACAGAAAACAGGAAAAAGGCUUCGUCCGCGUAAAGGGAGUUUACAAGGAAAAGAGUGUCAUUCACCAGACGAGUUUCCACCGGGUCAUUCUCGAUGAAGCUCACUGUAUCAAGACACGAAGCACGAUGACAGCCAAGGCUUGUUUUGCUCUGAAUGUGGACUUUCGCUGGUGUCUCACCGGAACUCCGCUCCAGAACCGCAUCGGGGAGUUUUUCUCUCUUCUCCGAUUUUUGGUAGUCGAGCCGUUUUCGAACUAUAUAUGUCGAGACUGCAAAUGUUCCAAGCUCGAGUGGUCUGUGGACGAAAACAACUACUGUAGACAUUGCAAGCACAGAGGUAUGCGGCAUCUAUCCGUUUUCAACCAGGAGCUUCUCAAUCCGAUCCAGCGUUAUGGAAACCUUGGUCCCGGACAAUCUGCUUUCAGGAAUCUGCGCCUCCUGACAGACCGAAUCAUGCUUCGGCGUCUGAAGAAAGACAAUACAGACUCUAUGGAACUGCCGGUCAAGGAAGUUGUAGUGGACCGCCAGUUUUUCAGCGAAGUGGAAACGGAUUUUGCCAACAGCAUCAUGUCAAACACACAACGCCAGUUCACGACGUACGUCGAAAAUCGAGUGAUGCUUAACAACUACGCCAACAUUUUCGGCCUGAUCAUGCAGAUGCGCCAGGUUGCAGACCAUCCAGACCUCAUUUUGCGCAAAAAUGCAGAGGGCAGCCAGAACGUUCUGAUCUGCUGCAUCUGCGACGAACCGGCCGAGGAGGCGAUUCGGUCCAAGUGCAAACACGACUUCUGUCGGGAGUGCGCUAAGAGCUAUCUGCACGCAACCGAGCAGCCGGACUGCCCGCGUUGCCACAUCUCACUCUCCAUCGACCUGGAGCAGCCGGAAAUGGAACAGGACGAGAUCAAGGUGAAGAAAUCGUCCAUCAUCAACCGCAUUCGCAUGGAAAACUGGACGUCUUCUUCCAAAAUCGAGCUUUUGGUGCACAAUCUCUACCGUCUGCGGUCAGACAAGGCGUCGCACAAGUCGAUUAUCUUCUCUCAGUUCACGACCAUGCUGCAGCUUAUCGAAUGGCGUCUCCGCCGUGCUGGCAUCACGACCGUGAUGCUGGAUGGAAGCAUGACGCCUGCACAGCGACAGGCAUCCAUUGAGUACUUUAAAGAGAAUGUCGAUGUCGAGUGCUUCCUUGUGUCGCUCAAAGCUGGUGGCGUUGCCCUGAACUUGACUGAAGCGUCUCGAGUCUUUAUUGUGGAUCCCUGGUGGAAUCCUGCCGCAGAGUGGCAGUCGGCCGAUCGUUGCCACCGCAUUGGCCAGACCAGGCCUUGCGUUGUUACCCGAUUGUGUAUCGAGGACUCGGUAGAGAGCCGAAUGGUCAUGUUGCAGGAGAAGAAGACGAAGAUGAUCAACUCGACUAUCAACUCUGAUGAUGCUGCCAUGGAGUCGUUGACCCCUGAAGAUCUGCAAUUCUUGUUCCGUGGCAGCUGA